AUGGUGGCUUGUGACAAGUGCGAUUCGUGGUGGCACUUUGAGUGCGUGGGAGUAAGCGAUAGCAUCGGCGAAAAGGAUUUUAUUUGUCCUCGUUGUACCCAACCACAAGAUAAACAAACCACUAUCGUUCCCCCUGCUGAAUCCAUCUGCAGCUCGAAAGCGUCGACGAGUUGUUCUGCCCGGAAGGCGAAAUUGCGUUUGAAGAAGUUAGAGGAGAUGAAAGCGAUUCAAGACAAACAGUUGGACCUUGAACGACAGGAACAAGAAAAUCGUUUCCGUCUUGAUCAACGAAAAUUAGAAAUGGAGAAAAAGUUCAUCCAGGAUAAGUUUCGAGUGCUCGAAGAAGGGGCAGAGGAAGAAGAAGAAGACGAAAGGCAAAGUGGAAAAUCCAACCGGAGUAAUUCCAGCCAGAUUAUCCAAUGGAAGGUGGACCGACUUCUGGGCGGUGCUGUGAGCUCUACUGUAGUCCCACUAGCCCCAGAGACAGAAUUUACCCCGGCUACGUCUAACAACGGUUUUCCAGUAGUUUCCGCGAUGGAAUAUACGUUAGCUCCGGUAACUACGAGGCAAUCAACCGUUUCUUUUCCCGUUUCUGCUUCCAAUCGCAUCCAAGAACCAUCAGGCAUGGCCUAUCCGUUUUACUCAAGUGGAGAAAACUAUCUUUCGGCAGGAAAUCACAUUCAACAGAAUUUGCCCGUAGGCGCAGUGAAUACUAAUGUGUUUAAUUCCCUGCGAAGUUCGCUAAUGUCGACCGGAGCAAUUCCCAAAUCGGCCCCAUUUAAUCCUGUGGGUCAACAAACAUCGACACCUGUUUCCAGAGGACUUCCCGUGGCAAGUGGGUUGCCUGUAGCGCAACAAUAUUCGUCCGUUCCAGCAGUGGUUCCUCCAUCAAGUACCAUUCCGCAAACAGCUAUCCCAGCAUCCUUUCACACCCAGUCUGUAAACCAACCUGCGGUGAUGAGUACCGUGAAUGAUUGCCAAAACCCGUAUGCAUUCACUAAUGACGUUCCGGUCUCCGCCAUGUUGGCACCCGCGGCAACGCUACCAAAUUCCGUGUACAAUCCGUUCGAGAAUUAUUCUACUCCAAAUCGCAGUCAGAUGGCCGCGCGCCAACUCAUGGCCAAAGACCUGCCACAAUUUUCCGGGGACCCGGAGGAUUGGCCACUGUUUUCUACGAUGUUUUACAACACCAGUCAAGCUUGCGGAUAUUCUGAUGCCGAUAAUUUAACACGAUUACAACGCUGCCUGCGAGGCCCAGCUUUGGAUGCUGUUCGGAGCAAAUUGCUACUUCCAUCGUCGGUUCCGGUGAUCAUGGAAACCUUAAGAUCCUUGUACGGUCGACCGGAAAUAUUGAUUCAUACGCUGCUAAGAAAACUAAAUGAUACGCCCGGGCCAAAACCAGGAAAGCUCGACACGCUGAUUACCUUUGGAAUGACUGUUCAAAACUUGGUUGACCAUCUCGAAGCGGGGCAACACUAUGCCCACAUGAACAAUCCGACUCUAAUCCACGAGCUUGUUAGUAAAUUGCCAGAUGAUAUGAAAAUCGAUUGGGUUUUGUACAAGAACCAAUUUGUAGAACCCGAUUUAAGAGCUUUUGCCAACUUUAUGUCGAUUUUGGUAAACGCAGCCACGCAAGUGACUAUUCCCGUUGGAGGGAAACAGGAUCACCGGAAUGCGAAAUUUGAAAAGCACAAAGAUCGAGGUUUUUUGAACGCUCACACUGCUCACGAGCCAUCUUAUCCAACGAACGAGUUGCCUCAGAACGAGUUAAAAACUUUCGGUCCAAAAGUGUGCAAGAUUUGUUCGAAAGCCGAUCACAAAAACCCAGAUUGUCCGAAGUUUUUUAAAAUGAAUCUCGAAGAUCGUUGGCAAGUAGUACACAGCCUACCGCUUUGUCGGACUUGUCUUUUCCAACAUGGAAGAAGGCCGUGUAAGCUGAAGAAAGCUUGUGGAGAACAAGGGUGCCAACGAAAACACCAUCCUCUUCUGCACACAACAACAACAAAAACCCAACCGUCAAGCUUUACCGGAAAAGUAAAUAAUCAUCGCCAAGAAGGUCAAUCCUCGUUGUUUCGAAUUCUUCCCGUGACGCUAUUCAGCAAUGGUCGGUCCUUGACAGUGUACGCGUUUUUCGAUGAUGGGUCCUCAAUAACUUUGCUAGAGGAAAAUAUUGCGAAUCAGUUGGGUCUAGAAGGAGAAAGUGCGAGACUUUGCCUAACUUGGACAGCGGAAGUUAGUAGAGAAGAAGUCGCCUCGAAGCGAGUAAAUCUUGAAGUUGCUGGAGAAGGACGAUCUCGAAAGUAUUCGCUUUUAAAUGUGCGCACGGUGAAGAAUCUUGCUCUUCCUCGUCAAUCGUUAUGUUACCAGCAGUUGGCUGCCAGGUAUCCUCAUCUUUCGGGUCUACCGCUGAGCGAUUACAACGACGUGACUCCACAAAUCUUGAUCGGCAAUGACAACGCACAUUUGGCAGUAGCUCUUCGUAUAAGAGAAAGCGACGCAUAUUCACCUCUUGCCACAAAAACGCGACUAGGGUGGUCAAUCCAUGGACCGAUCUCCGAUGGGAACGCAGUUGUCUCGGCGUUCAAUAUGCACAUCUGUGAAUGCUCCACAAAAUUAGAUGAACUACAUGACCUGAUUAAACAAUCGUUUGCUGUCGAUAGUUUGGGAGUAUCUGUUAGGAACGCACCUCAAUCUUCCGAAGACACACGAGCUCGAAUGAUUCUCGAAGCUACGACAAAAAGAAUAGGUCGCAGAUUUGAGACAGGUUUACUGUGGCGGUACGAUGUUUUCGAGUUUCCCGAUAGCUAUGCUAUGGCAUUUAAACGUUUACAAUGCCUAGAGCGACGCAUGGAAGCGGAUGCAAUUAUCGGAAGCAGUGUGAGGAGACAAAUUUCAGAGUAUCUAGAGAAAGGCUACUUGCGAGAAGCCACAAGAGCGGAAUUGGAGAAAACGGAUCCUCGCCGAAUCUGGUAUCUGCCGUUAGGGGUUGUAAUCAAUCCUAAAAAACCCGGGAAAAUUCGAAUUUUUUGCGACGCAGCCGCUAAGGUAGAUGGAGUCUGUUUGAAUGCCAUGCUUAUUAAAGGACCGGACCAAUUAAUAUCGCUUCCGAAAGUUCUUACUGGGUUCCGGGAACGAAAAAUCGCGGUUUGCGCGGACAUCCGCGAAAUGUUUCAUCGCGUGAUGAUUCGCGAAGAAGAUAUUCAAGCCCAGCGGAUUCUCUGGCGCGAUGACCCUUCCAAGCCGCCUACAACAUUCUUCAUGACAGUAGCCACCUUUGGGUCGACUAGCUCCCCUUGUUCUGUGCAGCAUGUCAAAAACAUGAAUGCGAAAGAGUUUGCCGAUAAAUUUCCGGAAGCAGUCGAAUCGAUUCUUAACCACCACUACAUGGACGAUUUCCUGCAGAGCUUUGACGAUGAAACUGAGGCGGUAAAAAGGUCUCUGGAAGUAAAAUUCGUCCACUCGCAAGCCGGAUUCGACAUUCACUCCUGGUCGUCGAACUCCAAUCGUGUGCUAGAAGCCGUAGGUGAAACCGAUCCGUCAGCUGUGAAAUCCUUCGAUGUGUGUGAUCCCAACGUUUCUCCCAGUGAAAUCAAACGUGUACUUGGGAUGUUUUGGCUUCGAGAAGAAGAUGCUUUCACCUAUUCAUCUAACUUAGGACACAUUCCUCACUGGCCGACUAAACGAGAGGUGUUAAGAAUUGUCAUGAGCCUUUAUGAUCCUCUAGGCUUACUUUCUCAUUUCGUCAUACAUGGGAAAAUUCUUGUUCAGGAUAUCUGGCGUAGUCAAAAAUCCUGGGAUGAGCCGAUUUCUGAAGACUUACAAAUCCGAUGGACGCAAUGGAUUUCACUUUUCCCGAUGCUGAAGGAUAUUCGAAUUCCCAGGUCCUACUUUGGUGAGUAUGCCACACAUCAGCUUCAAUCAGUCCAAUUACAUGUAUUUGUGGACGCGAGCGAGUUGGCGUACGCUUGCGCGUCUUUCAUCAGAGCGGAGGUAGAUGGAGUCAUCAAAUGCAUAUUAGUUGCAGCGAAAUCUAAAGUAGCUCCUCUGAAAACGUUAUCGAUCCCUCGACUCGAGCUACAGGCGGCAGUUAUCGGGAGCCGUCAAUCGAAAAGCGCUAUCGAAACACAUUCGUUGAAGAUUUCCCGUCGAAUCCUGUGGACUGAUUCACGCACCGUGCUGGCCUGGAUUAAUUCCGACUCACGCAAGUAUAAUCAAUUUGUCUCUUGUCGUAUUGGGGAGAUUCUCGAAACAACAGAUGUGUUUGAGUGGAAAUGGGUCCCAAGUAAACUCAACGUUGCUGACGAGGCCACCAAGUGGACAACUGGACCCGACCUAUCGUCGACGAGUAGGUGGUUCAAUGGUCCUUCGUUUUUGUACGAGCCGGAAGACCGCUGGCCAACCCAGCAGGCCGAGUGGGCUGGAACGAAAGAAGAAUUAAGAGCGCAAAAAAUAGACAUCGUGAAUGUUCAUCACACUACAGGUAGCACAUUUAUUUCCAUCAAAUGGGACCGUUUUUCCCAGUGGAAUCGCCUAGUUCACUCGAUCGGAUACGUUUUUCGUUACUUACAUAACCGGCGUUGCCAAGCGAGGAACGUCACCGGUCGACAGGGGUACUUAGAGCAAAUCGAACUGGCCGCAGCGGAAAAACUUGUCUUUCGAAUUAUACAAAAUGAGUUCUACUCCGGAGAAAUUGCCAAGUUAAAACAAACUAAUUUACCGAUUGAGCGUCGAAGAUUGAAUCGUUCGAGCCCCCUCGCGAAGCUUUCCCCUUUCAUCGACGAAGACGGGAUUUUGCGUAUGGAAUCAAGAAUUACCGCAGCAGCGUUCGUAUCGUACGACACUAAAAAUCCUAUCAUUCUUCCAAGGGAACACUACGCUACUCAGCUAAUCGUUUUAUGGUAUCACAAGAAAUACCUUCAUUGCAAUACGAACACCGUCGUGAACGAGAUAAGACAGCGAUUCCACGUGUCCAGAUUAAAAACGUUAGUUCGACGUGUUGAAAAAUUAUGUGUGUACUGUCGAGUUCACAAAGCUUCCCCUAACGUGCCCAGAAUGAGUCCUUUGCCUGCCGCCCGCUUGAGGGCCUUCUGCAAACCUUUUUCCUUCGUGGGACUGGACUAUUUUGGACCAAUGCAAGUGAGAGUAGGACGCAGUACGGUGAAAAGGUGGGUGGCAUUAUUCACCUGUUUGACCAUCCGAGCCGUCCACCUGGAGGUCGUCCAUUCACUUACCACAACGUCAUGCAAGAUGGCUAUGAGGCGAUUCAUUGGCCGUCGAGGUUCACCAGUCGAAGUCUAUUCGGAUAAUGGCACCAACUUUCUAGGUGCGAAGAACGAUCUCAUCGAAGAGUGCAAAGCUAUCAACGACGAACUCGCAACGACGUUUACGAAUGCCGCCACGAAAUGGUACUUCAACCCUCCUUCCGCGCCUCACAUGGGUGGUGCGUGGGAGCGCCUUGUAAGAUCUGUUAAAACCGCCUUUUAUGCCAUGACGACAUCUAGAACACCGAAUGAAGAAACAUUCUCUACCGUCAUUGUCGAAGCUGAAUCAGUGGUCAAUUCGAGGCCAUUGACUUUCAUUUUUUUGGAAAACGACACACAGGAAGCUUUGACCCCCAACCACUUCCUGCUCAUGAGUUCCUCGGGCAUUGGUCAGCCACAUAUGAAGUUUCUCCAACCUGGAAUGGCCCUUAGGGACGACUGGAAUCAUAAUAGGCAUCUGGUCGAUAUUUUCUGGCAUCGCUGGGUGAAAGAGUAUUUGCCUACCAUCGCGAGAAGAACCAAAUGGUUCGAAGAAACGAAACCGCUGGAACCAGGAACCUUGGUGGUUAUCAUCGACGAGACGAUACGGAAUGGCUGGGUUCGAGGACGCGUAGUAGGUGUUACAAAAGGUGCCGAUGGGAGAGUACGACGAGCUACAGUGCAAACUUCAAAGGGACUUGUUACCAGGCCGGUAGCAAAGUUAGCUGUGUUAGAUAUCGGUAAGACCUCAGGGGACCAUCUGUCUUACGAGCGGGGGGAUGUUGCCGCAACUUUGGCCGCUCCCUUGUUGAAGCAGCAGAAUCCAACAAACGUCAGUGGUGAUGACAGCGAUCGGGCCGGAGACGACGUCAUCGUGACUUGUGAUUUUGGAGAUCAAUUCCGGGAAGUAAGGAAGUGA